CGCUUGGAAACAACGACGCGAACACAGCAGCCAGCAGCACAACCGAAACACAAGACAAGCAAGCGAGCAAGGAGACGAUGAGUGGCAACGGCGGUGAUGGCGAUGUGCUGUCGACGUCCAUGAACGCAACGCACAGCACGACGCCUGAAGGUGCCUUCAUGCGCGUGCUGCAGGUCAACGUGUCCCGCGUCUGCAACGUCGCCACAACCCGCGAGGAAGGUGCAUGGGUCACGUUCACCGUCGAUUUCGACGGCAACACCGCGCAAAGCUCAGAAGCGCUGCAACCUGCGGGCGAGGUGCCGCUGAACUACGAGUGCACGUUUGAUGUUGUCACAGAGACGGCGACCGACGUGGAGAGAAUGGUGAACUCCACCAUCAACUUCACCGUCACAGAACACAUCAAGGAGAAGAAGAAGAAGCACGAGACAACCACCCGCCUGGGCGCGUUCAGCGUGGACGCACUGCCGCUGCUGCUGGGCAAAGACGUCGUGCAAGGCACAUACCAGCUCAACCUUGCGCCAAACAUUUCCCUUCCUGAGACCAUGUCCUUUGAUGUCGCUGUCAGCGCCCCUCGCCCGCUCAUGAGCGAGCACCAAAUCAACGAGAUCAACAUCCUCACCUGCACCGUUCAGAGCGUGUCCAAGCUGCCCCAACAGCUGCUGCACACCACCACCGCGUCCACGUUCUCGCUGCGCGUGGGCGAGGUUGAUGGCCCGCUCAACAUUGAGUUUGCUGACGGGCAGGCCGUGGCUGUGCCUGAAGAAAACGAGGAUUCGGUGGCGUUUGAAGUGGACAACACAGACGUGAGCGCCCCGCUCACAACAGACAACACACACAUUAACUUCCCAUCACAGCGCCAUCGCAUCUGCCUCGACCACGAACAGCAGCAGAGGAUGAUCGAAUACAUUUCCCGAAACCGGUCCUGCCCAGUCUCCUUUUCCCGCGCAGCAGCAACGACCGGCAAGUCGAAGAGCAAAGUCGACGAUGACGUCCCGACGCAGCGCGGCGUCGCCGAUCUGCAGUUGACACAUCUGCUGUAUCCGGGCGUCAUCACCGCCACGCUCGGCACCAAAUUCACCGCCGUCCCCGAACCGCAACUCGACGAAUCGACGCUGCUGCUGGAUGAUGCGAAGAAGUCGAAAUCAAAGAAAGCGCCAACGCCCGCCGUCACAGACACCGCCCCACCCGAGGGCCAGGUGUUUGAGGAUGCGGGGACGUUUGUGGUGCUGUCGUUUGAGUUCACGCGUCCCCUGAUCCGCCAGCGAUCGCCAUCAGCAAUCGCCGCUCGCGUGUCGUCGCUCAUUCCCCCGCGCGACGUCCGCCCCUCUCCGCUCGUCACCGCACAGCAGGCGCUGGACGGGUACAAGUCGCGUGUUGCGGCGAUUGCAAACGACCUCGUCUCGCAGCUCAGGGCCGCACAGCAGGCCGACAGUACCCUCUCCCAGGCAGACGUGAAACAGCGGGUGCUCUAUGACCUCAACACGAACGGCAAAUACGAGGCCUUCAAGGAGCAGCUCAAGCAGACUGUCAUGACCCUCGUCAGAGAAAAGUUCGCAACUGUCAACGAGCUGCACAGUGCGCAGGGGCGACAGGAGUUCCUAAGCAAGUUGUACGUGUAUUUGACGACCCAAAUGCACGCCACGCUCAAUCGGGAGUUCUCGUUCAACCGCCCGUCGUCCGCGGGCGCCGUGGAUGUCCCCAUGGAACACGUCAUGCAGUUUGCACGCGAGAGCGAGGGUUUGCUGAAUCUUGACAAGGCGCAGGCGCUGUGGGACGAGUGCACGCAGCGGUUUUCAAACGACGCACAGUGCUGGUUUGAGUACGCAGCUUUCUCAACACGCGUCGGCGACACAUCAAAGGCUGAGGAGUGUCUCCGCCGGGCCGUGAGCAUCGACCAGCGCCACGCGCAGUCGCUCGCUCUCCUCGGCCUCAUCGCCGUACUCGACGGCCGCGCACACGAGGGUUUGGAUCUGCUUGAGGCGGCCACGUCCAUCGAUGACUCAUCAGAGCUCAUGUGGACCCUCCGCUAUCUCGCCGUCCAACACGCCAACCCGGACGAUGUUGCUGCGGAUCUGCAUCUCGACACGGCCAUGAAGAACUCCAUGCCGCGUGCCGGGCACUACACGUCGUGUCUCCUCCUCGCUGCAGACUUCCUCGCCUCCAUGGGGCUCCCCGUCCUCGCACAGAGUGCGGUUGCGGGCCACAUUGCGAUGGACGGGGUGUGCAUUGGGACGCGUCUGAUCGAGGCACGCCUCGACAUCAUGGACCCCAUGUCAGACUCAUCAAAGGCGCAGCAGCUGCUUGACGCGUGUCUGUCGGACCAAUUCGACGAUGCGGACCUGUGGGCGUGGCUCGGGCACACGCAGUACCCGCACCAUCCCGACACAGCGCGCUCCCACUACGAGCAUGCGCUUGCACUCGAAGGCACGACGGGUGAGGAGGACAUUGUGCGGCUGCGGCUCGGACGCAUCUAUCUUGCAGAGGACGACUUUGCACUCGCCAAGGACAUGUACCUCAGGACGUGCAACCAGCGCCCGUCGAGCCUGGCAUGGCUGGGUCUUGGCGUCGCCUGCUAUCGUCUCGGCCAACUGGAGGACGCCGAAGACGCGUUGGCAGAGGCCAACAUGUACGACCCGCGCAACCCAACGGUGUGGGCGUAUCUGUGUCUGAUCUGUCUUCGCACGGGACGCGGGCUGGAGGCAGAGCAGUGCUUCAAGUUCGCCACAAAACACAACCUCACAGACACAAGCCUCAAGCAGGAAAUCGAGCUUGAGAUGCAGGAACUCGGCGUGGAGCCAGCACUCGUGGCAUGAACCCACACAACCAUUAUGCCUGUUGCGUCUGCCCAACUGUUGUUCUGUUGUUCUGUUGCUGUUGCUGUUGUACAUACGAUUGCACCACCACCACCACCACCACCACCAUCACGCCCCCGCCGCUGUGUCAGCUGCCACCUGCUGCAAGCAAUGGAUAAAUGGCCACAACCUCCUCAUCCGUUCGCG